AUGGCACGAGCCACCACCGGCAGUGGCAGCAGCAUUUUCAUGGCGCUCAUAGGCGUCAUGGUGGUAGUUGCACAAGGCAACGAUGGCGGCAAGGCUGCUGCAGACUCAAGGCUGUGGCCUGUCGGCGACAGUGCCGGCUGGAGCUUCGGCGUCCUUGGAUGGCCCAACUACAAGCCCUUCAAGGCCGGCGACAUACUCUUGUUCAGUUACAAGCACGGCGCGCACAACGUUGUGCAAGUGAACACGGUGGCGCAGUACAGCAUGUGCGAGGUGCCCCGCAACGCCACGGUCUGGAGCUCCGGGAACGACCGCAUCACCCUUGCCCGUGGCAUGUCCUUCUUCGUCUGCGGCAUCCCCGGACACUGCCAGAAAGGCAUGAAGAUCGUCGUCACGGCAAGAUAG